UGUGUGUGGCGGGGGGGGUGUCGGUAGCUCACAGGGUCGGCAUAGGCAGGUCCUUAGCCGUCGAAUGGGUUGGCGUUGGCGCGCCAACUUGGUUUCAUCGGGCUUCACCGGUACCGAUAUCCUAAACUUCAUCCCCGGCGAGGCUAUGAAUUUCACGAAGGGCAAGAUUGCGAUGGGGUAUGUAGGCGAGCCCGGGGAGCUUAAGGGUACCUAUCUAUACCUACCUACUAGGUUAGGUAGUUCCUCAGAUGCUUCGUGUCACACAACCGGCAUCGGCAUCAAUCGACAGUGGCCACUGUACCACUUAGGCAACCCGGAUGGGAGCUUCGUUGGAGCAGCUUGUCUUAUCUUGCUCCGAUGCCCUUUCAUGCCCCUUUCCGGCCCUCAUGGUGGGGGUAGGGCCGGUCAUAUAUGUCUCGGGUUCUGUUAGAACACUCGUGCUCAGAUGACGAGUUCUUUUUUC